GCCCAGCCGCUAUAAAAGGGAGCGCCACUCAGCCUGAGCAUCCCAUCCAGGCUGUCAACUCUCAGCGCUGUUUCAGGAAGAACUGGUGAAGCGACUCCUUGGGCACCAUGCUGACGGAACUGGAGAGCACCCUGAACAACUUCAUUGAGAUCUACCACAGGUACUCCAAGCUGCAAGGGAACGACCACGCCCUCUACAGGGAUGACCUGAAGAAAUUGCUAGAGGCCGAGUGCCCUCAGUACAUGAAGAAAAAGAGUGCAGACACCUGGUUCAGGGAGUUGGAUAUCAAUGAAGAUAAUGCCAUCAACUUCCAGGAGUACCUGACGCUGGUGAUAAAGGUGGGCCUGGCAGCCCAUGAGGAAAUCCACAAGGAGUAGCUGCUGGGCCUGGAGCUGCUGGGCCUGGGGCUGGGCCCCUGGACUUGUCCCUGAAUAAUAAUAAAGUGAUUGAUACCUCA